CUGAGGAAGAAGGUGACUCUGCUCCGGGGGAUCUCCAUCAUCAUCGGCACCAUCAUCGGAGCGGGCAUCUUCAUCUCCCCCAAGGGCAUCCUGAAGAACUCGGGCAGCGUGGGGAUGUCGCUGGUGGUGUGGAUCGCCUGCGGGGUGCUGUCGCUGUUUGGGGCGCUGUGCUAUGCAGAGCUGGGGACAUGCAUUACGAAGUCAGGGGGACACUACACCUACAUACUGGAGGCCUUCGGGCCAAUGGUGGCCUUCGUGAGACUCUGGGCUGACCUCAUCGCUAUCAGACCUGCAGGUCUGGCAGUGAUCUCCCUGGCGUUCGGCCAGUACAUCCUGGAGCCCCUGUUCAUGCCUUGUGGCGUUCCUCCCCUCGCCAUCAAACUGGCCACCUCCAUCGGAAUCACCUCCGUCAUGUACCUCAACAGUAUGAGUGUCAGCUGGACAGCCCGUAUCCAGAUCUUCCUCACCUUCAGCAAACUUCUGGCCAUGGCCAUCAUCAUCGUGCCUGGCCUGUACCAGCUCUUCAAGGGGGAGACAAAGAACUUUGAGAAUGCUUUUGAGGUCAGCAACAUUCAGCUGUCAGGCCUCCCCCUGGCCUUCUACUCUGGGAUGUAUGCAUACGCUGGCUGGUUCUACCUCAAUUUUGUGACAGAGGAAGUUGACAACCCUGAAAGGACUGUGCCAUUGGCCAUCUGCAUCUCCAUGGCGAUCGUUACUUCCUGCUACGUGCUGACCAAUGUGGCGUACUACACCGUGAUGUCAGCAGAGGAGCUGCUGGCCUCUCCGGCUGUUGCCGUGACGUUUGCAGAGAAGUUGAUGGGGAACUUUUCAGUGGCAGUGCCGAUCUUUGUGGCCUUAUCCUGCUUUGGCUCUAUGAACGGGUGUUUAUUUGCCUUCUCAAGAAUGUUCUAUGUGGCGUCGCGUGAGGGACACCUACCUGAGGUUCUCUCCAUGAUCCACGUCCGCCGACACACCCCUCUGGCUGCCGUCAUCGUCCUGUACCCCAUGACCUUGUUCCAGCUGUUUGUGGGGGAUAUCUACAGCCUGUUGAACUUCAUGAGCUUCCUGCGUUGGCUAUUCAUAGGCGUGGCCGUGCUGGGCUUGAUCUACCUCCGCUACACUCGGCCAGACAUGCACCGGCCCUUUAAGGUUCCACUCUUCAUCCCGGCCAUUUUCUCCUUCACCUGCUUCUUCAUGGUGUUCCUGUCGCUGUACUCGGACCCUGUGAACACGGGCAUCGGCUUCGCCAUCUCCCUCACAGGCAUCCCGGCGUACUACAUCUUCAUCGUGUUCGACCGCAGACCCAAGUGGCUCCAGAAGGCUCUAGAUUCUCUGAGCAGAUCGCUGCAGAUCGUCCUAGAAGUGGUUCCAGCCGAACACUGACGGCGCUUCAGAGAUCCACAGGAUCCCUGUCAUCAUCCUCCACAGAUCGACCAUCUCCCCCCCCCCCCUCCUCCCCUCCACUAUCCCUCAUCCCCUGAACAUUAUUCAGUGACUCUCUUCAACCGUGCCCAGCCCCAGACAUCCAUGAUCGUGUUUGAUCAGCCCAGCCGCGUGACAUCAUCCUCUGUCAUCCGACUAAUUCUCCACAGCGUGUCCCCCC